ACUGCCAUGCCAUACCAUAAAUGAGAACUCAAAAUCCAAAUCCUCUCUUUGAAUUUUAAAAUCAAAGACUCUUGAUCCUUUGGUGGUUUCGUUUGAUUUCCCCAGCAAAAGAAAAUAAAAAUUGAAUAAAAAAUGCAGGUGAAAGCCCUAUCAUUAGCCCUCCCUCCCUUUUCCAACAAUCCUGAGUCCCAAAGGCAAAGGCAGAGAUUGUGUCUUCAUUUGCGUCCUCUUUCACACCACAACCGUUGCUCCAAAUUAUCACUCACAUCUCAGACCCAUUCCCAAGAGGAACAAUCUUCUAUUUCUGACACACUAACUGCACACACUAUAUGGGCCCAAAUGAAGCACAUUGCCAUGUUUAGUGGGCCUGCCACUGCCCUCUGGAUCUCUGCGCCCUUCAUGAGCCUCAUCUCCACCGCCCUCGUUGGUCGACGCAGCUCCACUCACCUCGCUGCUUUAGGCCCUGGAACCGUUUUUUGUGAUAACAUGAACCUCUUGUUCAUGUUCCUUUCCAUAGCAACUUCCAACUUGGUUGCUACUUCGCUUGCAAAAGGGGACAAAAAACAAGUGCAGCAUCAAAUAUCUAUGUUGCUUUUUGUUGCCUUCAUUUGUGGCUCACUCAUGCUUUUGUUUACGCAAUUUCUUGGCUCCUGGGCGUUAACCUCUUUUACUGGGCCAAAGAAUGUACAUAUUGUACCAGCAGCAACCAAAUAUGUUCAGAUUCGUGGCUUGGCAUGGCCUGCUGUUCUUUACGGACUGGUUGCUCAAAGUGCAAGGUGUGCUUCUUCCCAUGCAACAUCUAUUAAUCAUCUCCGCCUGUGUCUGAAAGCAUAUUCGUGGGGACCUCUGAAGGCUUUGGUCAUUGCCAGCACUGUGAAUGGCUUUGGUCAUGUAAUCCUAUGCAGUUUUCUGCGGUAUGGUAUAGAGGGUGCAGCAUGGGCAACAAUGGCAUCCCAGAUUGUAGCAGCUUUUAUGAUGAUCGAAGCACUGAACAAGAAAGGAUACAAUGCUUUUGGUUUUUCAUUUCCAUCGUUCUCCGACUUCCUGCAGAUAUUUGUGAUUGCUGCACCUGUGUUUGUGACGAUGUUCUCAAAGGUGGCUUUUUACUCCCUUCUUACAUAUUUCGCCACAGCUAACGGUACUCAUACAGUUGCAGCUCAUCAGGUUGGCUUUACUUACAAAGUUAUGAUUCAAAUGUACAGCAUAUGUGUAGUAUGGGGGGAGCCUCUUUCUCAAACCGCACAAUCAUUUAUGCCUGAGUUAUUGUACGGGUUCAACCGAAGUUUGAAGAAGGCACGAAUUCUGCUGAAGUCACUGGUGAUUAUUGGAGCAUUGCUAGGACUAGUAAUCGGUCUUGUAGGAAUGUCCGUUCCUUGGUUAUUUCCAAACAUAUUUACCCCUGAUCUUAAGGUCAUACGUGAGAUGCACAAUGUGUUGAUUAUGUUCUUUAUUGCUUUAUCUGUGUCACCCUGUACUCACAGCCUCGAGGGUACAUUAUUGGCUGGCAGGGACCUUAACUUUAUUAGCUUAUCAAUGAGUGGAUGCUUCUCCCUCGGAGCCCUUUUACUAUUGAUUGUGAGUAGUAGAGGCUAUGGUUUGCCUGGUUGCUGGUGUGCUCUUGUAGGAUUUCAAUGGGCUCGAUUCUUCCUUGCUCUCCGGCGCCUUUUCUCUCCUAAUGGCGUUCUUUACUCUGAGGAAGACCAGUUUGAACUUGAAAAAAUGGAAGCUGCUAAGUUGUGAUUUUUCCACAAAUUGUGCGUGGGAAUUAUUCGUGUACCCCAAGUUUUUUUCUUGCUAGAUGUGUGACCUAUUUAGCUGUCAAAUUGUUUCUCAUGGAUGUAAAAUUUUGUAGUUCAAACUGCUAUUGUUAAAACCAGCAAUGUAUAUAAUGAUGAACGAGUGACAACUAAUUUGGAUACCAGUACCAAAGGAAAAUUCCAGGCUAUCGCAGCAAUACCUAUAAUACAAAAUGCUUACCUACGCAGCA